AUGGCACCCAAACGCAAAGCAUCGGGCCCAGCGGCCAAAUCGCAACAGUCGACUCUCGCAUUCCACGGAACGACAAAUAGGGUCACAAAGUCCGGCGUAAAAGCACAAGGCGCAAAGAAGAACCUCCUCGAAGCGAAGCUGAAAGACGUCAAGCCGGAGACAAUCGAUAUCUCAGAUACUGAGCCGACAACGACGGAAGCUGCGAUCAUCGAGCAAACAGAACAGGAGGUCAAGGCACAGGAGGUUGAGAGUACACCAGAGGAGGACCAAGCACGGCGCAUAUCAGAUGCAGCGAUCAAGAAGUACUGGGCCGCAAAGGAGAAGCAAAGGCGCGCACCAAGGGCACAUCAGGGGGCUCUAAGCUUGCACGAGAAGAUCCUCAGAGAAUUCGACAUGAGCGCGCACUAUGGCCCAUGCACCGGAAUCGCUCGGUUGAAGCGCUGGAAGCGAGCGCAACGGCUCGAUCUCGACCCGCCGAUCGAAGUACUCGCGGUCUUGUUGAGGGAGCAGGACGCGGGCGAUAAGGACAGGAUAGCUGUCCAGCGCUCCAUCGUCGAUGAUAUACUGAACUCAAAAGCCGAGCUUGAUGUAUGA